AUGGCUCGCGCUCCCGCAGCUCCCUGGGACCAGCUGCGUCGUUGGAUCGACCAGCAAGAAGCCUGGGAGAGGAAGAAUGGCCAAGCAGCCAAACUGAGCCAAAGGCAGCUGGCAGCCAUCAAUGAACUCGUCUCCGCAGUCUCCGAGCCGGACAUUGGCAACGAGAACUACCUGAGCGAGCUGAACAUCGCGUUACAGGGCAAACAAAUGUCGAAUAAUCUCCACUGGAAAGAUGAGGAAGUCGCUCAACCAGGACCAGACGGCACCCCCAACAGUAUUUUGUGGCGGUCCGUCUGCUCAGUGCAAGGCUAUGGGAAGUUUCCUCGUGCUGGCCACGGCUACUCUCACAACCAUAAGCCCUGCUUCCAGAAUAAGAAGAAAGCAAGGCAGUUUGCUGCCAAACAUGCUCUUGCAGCUGUACGUGGUACGUCUGCUUCCUCCAGUUACAAUGAGAGUAGCGCGGGAGGCCCAAGUCCACCCUUGUCAAGGUCGUCGUCCAUGGGCAACCUGUCCGGGGCGGCUUCGCCUGUCCCAGAAGCCCAAGAAAUGAGAGCCUCGUUCCACGCGGGGUCGAAGAGGGUCAAGGUUGAAGACGCUGACGACUCUGCUCCUGCGUUUACGUAUGGGAACGCGGGCCCGUCAUCCUCUCCCUCUUCACGGAGCGAAAAGGACAAAGAAAAUGAGAAACGUAUUGUUUGGCUGACUGGGCGUCUCAAUCUGGAGCAUCCGGAGUAUAGGAUUGAGUGGGAUGACUCGACCCAACUCUUCAGUGGGAAGUUGCGCUUGAGGCCUGGCUACAAAGGCGUCGACGUUGGUCCCGUCGAGAACAUGCCAAAUCAGUUGGCAGCGAAGAAGAAGCUGAACGAGCUUCUACUUGCUUGGCUGGAGAAGGAAAAUAAGGAGAGGGAGGAGACCUUUGAUUUACUAAAGGGCAAUGGGUUUCAUUAG